AUGGACAUUGCAGCCCAGUUUGAGAAAGUCAUGGCAAAAUCAGUUAAGAAACAUCACUUUAGCACUUCUGAACCUUCUCUUCCAGCAACUUUAGUCUUCAACAGCAUCUCCUUUAAUAUUGAUGGUUCCAUCCAGUAUAAAGAAAAGCCGUAUUUCUCUGCCUCCGAAGCCCUAGAUGCUUACAUUGAUGAUUUCUAUUUAAGUUGUAAGCCACCUGAUAUUAAUGAUACAAAGGUUAACUUGGAUCAGAGCCCUCUUGAAUUUCUUGCUAAACUAAACAGUGAUGAGAGCCCCUACACUAAAUCCGCCAGCCAGACAAAGCCGCCUGAUGGAGCGUUGGCUGUGAGGAGACAGAGCAUCCCAGAGGAAUUCAAAGGCUCCACCGUGGUUGAGCUGAUGAAGAAGGAGGGCACCACCCUCGGGCUGACGGUAUCGGGCGGAGUUGACAAGGACGGCAAGCCCAGAGUCUCGAACCUGCGGCAAGGAGGAAUUGCUGCUAGAAGUGACCAGCUGGAUGUAGGGGACUACAUCAAAGCAGUGAAUGGGAUCAACCUGGCCAAAUUCCGCCAUGAUGAGAUCAUCAGCUUGCUGAAGAACGUUGGCGAAAGAGUGGUUCUUGAAGUCGAGUAUGAGCUGCCGCCAGUCUCUGUUCAAGGAUCAAGUGUUAUUUUCCGAACGGUGGAGGUCACAUUACAUAAAGAAGGCAAUACCUUUGGUUUUGUAAUACGAGGAGGAGCACAUGACGAUAGAAAUAAAUCUCGUCCAGUUGUAAUAACAUGCGUUCGUCCUGGAGGACCUGCUGACAGAGAGGGCACGAUCAAACCUGGUGACAGGUUGCUCAGUGUGGAUGGAAUUCGGCUUCUCGGAACCACACAUGCUGAAGCCAUGAGUAUUCUUAAACAGUGCGGACAAGAAGCAACACUGCUGAUAGAAUAUGAUGUCUCAGUGAUGGAUACUGUGGCAACGGCAUCCGGGCCACUGCUAGUCGAAGUUGCCAAAACUCCUGGUGCCAGCCUUGGGGUUACCCUCACUACCUCGAUGUGCUGUAACAAACAGGUCAUUGUCAUAGACAAAAUCAAAUCUGCAAGUAUUGCAGACAGAUGUGGUGCCCUGCACGUGGGAGACCACAUCCUGUCUAUCGACGGGACGAGCAUGGAGUACUGUACAUUAGCGGAAGCCACUCAGUUCCUGGCAAACACCACGGACCAAGUCAAGCUUGAGAUUCUUCCCCAUCAUCAGACCCGCCUGGCCCUGAAGGGACCCGACCACGUGAAAAUUCAGAGGAGCGACAGGCAACUUGCGUGGGAUUCCUGGGCCGGCAACCACUGCAGCCUUCACACCUACCAUCACCCUCAUACGACCCACCCUGACCAUUGCAGAAUGCCGGCCCUGAAGGGCCCGAAAGCGCCUCCUUCCAACAGCCCUCCAGCUUUGGUGUCCUCCUUCUCUCCUACCUCCAUGAGUGCAUACAGCCUGAGUUCCCUGAACAUGGGGACUUUACCUCGAAGCCUCUACUCGACUAGCCCUCGUGGAACCAUGAUGAGGAGGAGACUGAAAAAGAAAGACUUCAAAAGCUCACUGUCAUUAGCCUCCAGCACAGUGGGUUUGGCUGGGCAGGUCGUUCACACAGAAACCACAGAAGUUGUGCUGACAGCAGAUCCUGUCACAGGAUUUGGGAUCCAACUGCAGGGCAGUGUGUUUGCCACGGAGACGCUCUCUUCUCCACCUCUGAUUUCCUAUAUUGAAGCUGACAGCCCAGCAGAGAGAUGUGGGGUGCUACAGAUCGGAGACAGAGUGAUGGCCAUUAAUGGGAUUCCGACUGAAGACAGCACCUUUGAGGAAGCCAACCAGCUCCUCCGAGACUCUUCAAUCACAAGCAAGGUCACACUGGAAAUCGAGUUUGAUGUCGCAGAGUCUGUCAUCCCAAGUAGUGGGACAUUUCAUGUGAAGCUCCCUAAGAAGCACAGUGUGGAACUUGGAAUAACCAUAAGUUCACCAUCUAGCAGAAAACCAGGAGAUCCCCUUGUCAUAUCAGAUAUCAAGAAAGGAAGUGUGGCACACAGGACUGGCACCCUGGAACUCGGGGAUAAAUUACUUGCAAUCGAUAACAUCCGACUGGACAACUGUUCAAUGGAAGAUGCAGUUCAGAUCCUUCAGCAGUGUGAAGACCUGGUGAAGCUCAAAAUCCGCAAAGACGAAGAUAAUUCAGAUGAGCAAGAAAGUUCUGGAGCCAUUAUUUACACUGUGGAGCUCAAGCGCUAUGGGGGGCCCCUUGGCAUCACAAUUUCAGGAACUGAAGAGCCCUUUGAUCCUAUAAUCAUUUCAAGCCUCACUAAAGGGGGAUUAGCUGAAAGAACUGGCGCCAUCCACAUAGGAGACCGAAUCCUGGCUAUCAACAGCAGCAGCUUGAAAGGAAAGCCUCUGAGUGAAGCCAUCCAUUUGUUACAGAUGGCAGGAGAGACUGUCACCUUGAAAAUUAAGAAACAGACAGAUGCCCAAUCAGCAUCCAGUCCCAAGAAAUUCCCCAUGGCUAGCCACCUGAGUGACCUGGGAGAUGUGGAGGAGGACCCCUCUCCAGGACAGAAGCCAGGCAAGCUUACCGACACAUACCCGUCCACUGUGCCCAGUGUGGACAGUGCGGUGGACUCGUGGGACAGCUCUGGGAUAGACAGCAGCUAUGGGAAUCAAGGCUCUAGCUUUCAGGCCUCAGGCUACAACUUCAACACUUAUGAGUGGAGGGGUCCGAAACAGAGAGGCAGCCUGUCCCCAGUUACUAAGCCGCGAAGCCAGACCUACCCAGACGUGGGGCUGAGUAAUGAAGACUGGGACCGGUCCACAGUCAGUGGUUUUACAGGGGCUCCCGACAGUUCAGAGGCUGAGCAAGAGGAGAACUUCUGGUCCCAAGCACUGGAGGAUUUGGAAACCUGUGGACAGUCGGGAAUUCUGAGAGAACUCGAGGAGAAAGCUGACAGGCGUGUGUCUUUGAGAAACAUGACUCUCUUGGCGACAAUCAUGUCGGGGAGCACGAUGAGUCUGAAUCAUGAGGCCCCAUCACCUCGCAGUCAGCUGGGGCGACAGGCCAGCUUCCAGGAACGGAGCAGCUCACGGCCACACUAUAGCCAAACAACUCGGAGCAACACCCUGCCCACAGAUGUGGGCAGAAAGUCUGUCCCCCUGAGAAAAAUGAAACAAGAAAUCAAGGAGAUCAUGUCCCCGACUCCUGUGGAGCUGCACAAGGUGACCCUGUACAAGAGCUCUGAUAUGGAGGACUUUGGGUUCAGCGUCGCAGAUGGCUUGCUGGAAAAAGGAGUGUAUGUCAAAAAUAUUCGCCCAGCUGGGCCAGGAGAUCUUGGUGGCUUAAAGCCCUAUGAUAGACUCUUACAGGUUAAUCAUGUCCGAACGAGAGACUUUGACUGCUGCCUUGUUGUGCCCCUCAUAGCAGAAUCUGGUAAUAAGCUGGACUUGGUUAUUAGUAGAAACCCACUGGCUUCACAGAAGUCUAUAGAACAGACUCUACCGGGAGGAGAAUGGAGUGAACAGAACAGUGCUUUUUUCCAACAGCCUAGUCAUGGUGGUAAUUUGGAGAUACGAGAACCCACUAACACAUUAUAGCAAUGCUUUUUAUAAAGCAGGACAAAAGACAAUAUCUACAUGGUGCUAAAAA